UUUUUAUCUGCCUUGUUCUUUGUAGGUCCAGAUUUUGACUGUCCCCGUUGCUUCCCUUUCUUUUGGAACAGCUUUUUGAGAGAUUGAUCCUUAUUCUUUUCUAUUUCUAGUUGCUGCUUCACUGGCGUGUCAGUAAGAAUUGCUGAUUUGCGUCGUUUUCUUCCUUUGCUGGCUUAGGGUUAGGUUCCUUUGCUCCUUACUUCCAGCCUUCAAAAACAUUAUAGCAAUUACAAAUAAAUUAGCCUAAUAUCACAUUUUUUUGAGAAUGUUCAAUGUGUUUAUUUGUACAGGGGCAAAUUGUCACAUGUGACGACUUGCCCCAAAGUCAGUGAGACAACUUGCCCCAAACUGACAUGUGUGUUAAUGUUGGCUACAUCUCAAGGUUAGCUUAACAUACUACUUUAGCUAAGGUAUCAAAAGACUCGAAAAUGUCUCCUCUAUUUUGUGCAAAAUCAUUAUUUUUAACAUUCAUAUAUAACAAUGUUGUAUUGCAUAAAAUGUAAAGUGCAAUUUUUUACUUUUAAGCAGAAAAAUAAGAAAAUUGUGCUAACCUCAGAUUAGAGUGACCUUGACCACAUGUGAACUAGAAGUUGACUAUAGAAGAAGAAGUCACACAAAGUGGCUAUUUGAUUUUUGAGAUGGCCCCUCUAGUGUUGGAGUUAUGACGAGUGUGACAACUUACCCGUGAGACAACAUGCCCCGCUCUCCCCUACAUUUAAAAGAUUUCAACCUUUUGCUAAUCAUAUUUAAUGAGUUUAGUGAACAGCUGUGGAAACUUCAGCAUCCGUUGAAGACAGAGAAAGAAACCGUUAAAUCAUUAUUAUUCUUAUUGCAGCGUUUAUAUAAGUUUCUACAUGAGCAUUUCUUGUGUUUUGCACCACCACCUGACGGAGCACACCACGUGACCCGGCGGAAGAAUUUCACUUUCUGUUUCUCUGAAUCGGGAACCGAAGACUCUGCUCCCUGAAGGAUCGAUCGAUCUUCAUUGAUCGAUGGAGGACAAACAGGCGACACGCAGCUGCGGCACGUGCCACAAAGACGUUUCAGAGGCAAACUUCUCUCUGCACGAGACGCACUGCAGACGCUUCCUGUGUCUCUGCCCCGUCUGCAAGGAGCCGGUUCCCCGAGAUCAGCUGGACCGACACCAAGAGGAGCAGCACGCCGAGGUGAGAUGCUCCAAGUGUCACCUGAAGAUGGAGCGCCGUCACCUCGCCGAUCACCAGACUGACGCGUGUGCGCAGCGCCUGCAGAGCUGCUGCUUCUGCGAGCUGGUGCUGCCUCUCAAGCACCUGGACCAGCACCGCGUGGCCUGCGGCAGCCGCACCGAGCUGUGCGCAGACUGCGGCCGCUACGUCACGCUGAGGGAGCGGCCCGGCCACGGCGCCGCCUGCUCCGCCUCGGAGCCCCCCGGGGCCUCCGGCGCCACACCACCACCGAAGAACAAGGGUCAGGGUAAGGGGCGCGGCGGCGGCGGCGAAGCUUUCGGCCGCGUGGUUUCUCCUGAAGCGGCGUCUCGUUCUCUCCGUUGUGCAGCAGGAAGGAGGCGCUGCGGCAGAUGUUCGGCUUCUUUUCCGCCGGAGGAGGUAGAAGAGCACGAGCUGGUGUGUUUCCUAGCAACGCCUUUGGACGACAAAGAGGCGGAGGAGGAGCGCGACGACGUCACCGGGCAGGGGGACACCGAUUGGUGGCCGAGGGGCGGCCGGGCAGCCGGGCCCGAUGAGGGCGACCCGGACCUGCUCUCCACCUGCCCCCACUGCCACCUGGCCCUGCCCCUCGCCACACUGCGCUGGCACCAGGUCAAGUGUCAAAUCCUGAGGAACCUGAGGAACCUGAACUCAUCGCGAUAGAAGACGAGCGUCUGAUUCUCGCUCCUCAGCCUCUGAACCUAAGACAGUUUACUCAGUUCAUGGAAGAAGGAUCAGCUGCUGCUAGUUUGUUGAAAUAAAUACAUUUAAAAAAUGUGCACUAGGUUUACUUAGUUUAGCUGAAAUGUACCUUUAUAAAGUACUUUAAGUGGUUGGAAUUGUUCGUGUUCUGUAAAA